CAUCUGAGGAUGAUGAUGACAGUGGUACUUUUUCUCAUAAAACUAAAGUUAAAAAUACACCGGGGAUUACACAUAUAAGUGGAUGGUCACCGUCUCCAAAAAAAAAUUAUUUUGAUGAGUCCAAUUUCUCAAAAUAUUGAAAGUGAAAGCUAUUACAAGAAAACAGAUCAAAAUUCUCAAAACAAAUCGGUUUCUAGAAAACUUUCUUAUAGUAAUGUAAAAGGUGUAACUGAUGAUAUUAUUUCUAAAAAACCAUUAAACAAUGACACAAUCAAUAGUGAUGAGGACAGUGUUGGCUGCAAUAAUAAUGACAUGAUUAUUGAAAAUAAUGUUGAUCAAAAUGUGACAAAACCCAUUGAAUCUCAACCAGGUAUUCUAAAAAUAAAUGAGCAUAUUGUGAAAAUAAAUGACAAAUUUAAUAUAUCAGAUUCUGAUAACCAUCAACUAAUAAAAUGUCAUAUAAAUCUGUGGGCGAGUUAUUUUGUUUGACCUAAGUUAUUAAAAACAAUCAUAAAAAUGUAGUAUUAUAAUUU